UUUGAGUGAACACUUGAUUAUCAGGCAGGAGACAAAGAUCAAAUGCUGGGACUGGGGACAGCUGUUAAGAGCAUUUGCUUCCAAGCACUCAAGUAUCAGUUGACAACCAUCUAUAAUUAUAAUUCCAGGCCGUCUGAUGCUCUCUCUCCUCCACCGGCACCAGGUCAAGCUAAGAAGCCCACGAACGUGUGACAGCCAGAGUCUUCACUAGACCAUAUCCGAAAAGCAGCGCUCUCAGCUGAGAACACUACAAAUCCCAUCGUGCCUCUCCAGCUGAUGUGGGCGGGUCCUUGAUGCACUCCAGCUGAUGUGGGCGGGUCCUUGAUGCACGUGGUGUGGCCCUGACCAAUAACGACUGUCGUUACAGCGAACAGUUUGACCGCGUUUGUAAAAGGCCACAACAGGCAAAGAGAGAGGCGGCGAGGGCGGUCGCCAUCGAGAGGUCCCUAGAGGUGCGAGACAGGCUGCCAAGAUCUCUAACUAGAGGAGCUGGAAUCUGACUGGAACCCUGAGCCAGAGCUUUGCCGGGGGAAACAGAAUGUCUGCAUUGUUACAGCAAACAAAGAUCAGCCUCCAGAAGACUUAGGCAGGGCAUAUCUCAGUGCACGUGGACUUGCCUGUUAGUGCCGUCUGAUCAUCACAGACUAAUGGGACACACUUGGGGUCUCAUGGACACAAGUGCCACUGUUCUCUGGGCGCCCUGGCAGCGGGUACAGGGGCUGUGAACAAUGGAACCAAACUCUCAGAGGACUAAAGUCCCAGCUUUCUUAUCUGACUUGGGGAAGGCCACAAUGAGGGGAAUCAGGAAGUGUCCCCGUUGUGGUACGUACAAUGGAACCCGUGGAUUGAGCUGUAAGAACAAGACAUGCGGAACCAUAUUUCGCUAUGGUGCCCGGAAGCAGCCUAGUAUUGAAGCUGUCAAAAUCAUCACAGGCUCUGAUUUACAGGUGUACUCUGUGCGGCAAAGAGACCGGGGCCCUGACUACCGAUGCUUUGUGGAGCUAGGUGUUUCAGAGACGACAAUCCAGACAGUGGAUGGGACAAUCAUCACUCAGCUGAGCUCUGGCCGGUGUUAUGUCCCCUCAUGUUUGAAAGCUGCCACUCAAGGCAUCGUGGAAAACCAGUGUCAACACAUCAAGCUAGCAGUAAACUGCCAGGCAGAGGCCACCCCUUUGACGCUGAAGAGUUCAGUCCUGAAUGCUAUACAGGCCUCCCCAGAAACCAAACAGACCAUCUGGCAGUUGGCCACAGAACCUACGGGUCCCCUGGUUCAGAGAGUCACUAAAAACAUCAUGGUAGUGAAAUGCAAGACGAGCCAAAAGCACAGCUUGGGCUAUUUACACACGUCCUUCAUGCAGAAAAUCAGCUCCAGAAGCUUGUCAGAGCGCCGCUUCUUCUGCUCCUGCCAGACUCUGAAGUCACACAAGGCCAGCGUUCCCAAGGCUGAGGCAGCCCCGCGGUGCAUCCACUUCUUUGCUUGUCUCUGUGCCUUUGCCAGUGAUGAAACGUUGGCUCAGGAAUUCUCGGACUUCCUAAAUUCUGAUGCCAGCGGUCUUAAAGAUAUAAUUGUGCCCCAGUUAGGCUGCCACUCAGAAUCGUCUGUCUCAGCUUGUGAAUCUGCUGCCUCUAAGCCACGGAAGAGGAAGAAGGAUGAAGUAUCUGGUUCACAGAUGAACAUAUCACUGAUGCCGCAAGACACAGUAACCAGCAAUGCAAGGAAGAGUGCCAUGAGAAAGCCUGUGGUUGCAUCUUCACUGAAAAGGCAGGUCUGUGGUCAGCUGUUAGAUGAGGCACAAGUGACUUUGUCCUUCCAAGACUGGCUGGCCAGUGUCACAGAGCGUAUCCAUCAAACCAUGCACUAUCAGUUUGAUGGUAAACCAGAACCCCUGGUGUUCCACAUUCCUCAGUCCUUUUUUGAUGCCUUGCAACAGAGAAUAUCCGUAGGAAGUGCAAAAAAGCGGCUCCCCAACUCCACCACAGAAAUGUUUCAUGGUCCUGCUCUCAUCAACAUCCUGGGCUCUCCAUUGCAGCUUGGGCUAUACCUUCACACCUGCACCCAUUGUCUGUCUCCCUUUAUUACCCGUCUCUGUGUCCAGAUGCCCCUGGAAAUCACUCGGAGCUUUAUCCAGAACCGGGAUGGUACUUACGAGCUAUUUAAAUGCCCCAAAGUGGAGGUGGAGAGCAUCGCGGAAACCUAUGGGCGGAUAGAGAAGCAACCAGUGCUAAGACCCUUGGAGCUGAAAACCUUCCUCAAAGUUGGGAACACUUCCCCCGAACAAAAGGAGCCAACACCCUUUAUCAUUGAGUGGAUCCCAGACAUCCUCCCGCAAUCCAAGAUUGGUGAGCUUCGAAUCAAAUUUGAGUAUGGUCACCACCGGAAUGGACAUGUGGCUGACUACCAAGAUCCAAGGCCACCCCUGGACCAGUCUUUGGAACUGGCCCCUCUGACUACUAUCACUUUCCCUUGAGGCAAAUCAAGAGUUAAUUUUGCGGAGUUUGCACAUCCCCGACCACUGUAAAUCCUGGUAGCACUUAAUAUGGUCCCUGCUAAUGAACUGCUCUUAACUAAGGUGCAGGUGCUCAGAACAUCUGUGUGGGUGGGCACUGCUGAGUACAGUCUUCGUUAUAAACUGGGCACUUAUUUCUGACCAGCGUUUUAAAAGCAGUCAAGUCCGUCCGGGUCAUUGGCCUUCUCAUGGACUUACCUGCAGCUCAUUUUUCAGUAAUUCGCUAAAAAGUCAGCGGCACUGGACCUCAGCCAACAGUGUGGAAAAGUCACAAUGCCCUGGGCAGAGAGAGUGCAAAGGAUCUGCCUGAGCACGCCGAUCCUCUAUCCUGAUGGCAAAUAAAGUACAGUGUCACUACUUUUUCUAAAUGGUGCCAUUGCUGUCGUGAUUUCACAGCCAGAAGCCUUUGGGUGAAUUUACUUUGUAGUCAGAUGGGGAAAAGUGGCUAGGGCCAAGGGAUCAACGAUACUUCACUUUUUUUUCCUUUAAAUUUUUGAGCAGCUGAGCAUUCAGGAGGCAGAAGUAGUCUCUGUUAUUUUGAGACCUAGUUUCUGUGAUUUUGAGGUCUAUAUUAGUGAACCCCAGUACAGCCAGGGCUACAUAGUGAGAACCUGUUUCAAAAAAACAAAGAACAGCUGAUAAAAUUCAAAACCUAUUUCUGAAUUCACUCAUCACAGAAUGGAGAUGGUGCAGGCAGUGGGGACUUCCUACAUACCUGCCAUGACUUCUGCGUACACUUAAAACACGUCCGUUAUUCUGAGUCUCAUCUUUCUCUUAGAGGGUAGGCAUGACUGACUCCUUGCAAAGCUCAGGAGCCU